AUGAGCAUGUACACUGUGGGCCUCAAGGCGCUCCUGCCCACCUUGGGCGUCAUCUACGGCUUCCAGGCCGCAUGUGCUGCCAUCGCCGUGCCGCUCAAGACGGAAAAGUACUACGACCUCUGCGGCUCGCUCGGCUUCAUCUCGGCGGCAGGCCUCUCGCUCUACAUGCCCUGGAUCCGCGCACGCUACGUCGACGGCUUCAAGAACGUCGCGCUGCCCACCUCGCUCUCGGCCUUCCAUCCGCGACAGACGAUCAUGACCGCAUUGACGCUCGUCUGGGCCGCCAGGCUCGGCAGCUUCCUCUUCCAGCGCAUCCGCAAGUCGGGCACCGACACGCGCUUCGACGAGAUCAAGCAGAGCCCGCCCAAGUUCUUUGGCGCGUGGAUGAUGCAGGCCACCUGGAUCGCCAUCACUGCGCUGCCCGUCUACCUCGUCAACUCCAUCCCAAAGGCCUCCCAGCCGCCGCUCGGCACGCGCGACGCGCUCGGCCUCGCCAUCUGGAUCGCCGGCAUGGGCCUUGAAGUGGCCGCAGACCGCCAGAAGUCGCAGUGGAGGCAAGACAGGGAUGCAGGCAAGCACAACGAGCCCUUCAUCUCUUCAGGCGUGUGGAGCUGGUCCAGGCACCCCAAUUACUUUGGCGAGGUCAGCCUCUGGACCGGCCAGUUUGUGCUCGCCACCACCGCUCUCGCCAACGCCGGUACCUUCUACCCGACCUGGGCCGUAGGCCUCGCCGCCCUCAGUCCGCUGCUCGAAUACGGUCUGAUCCGCUUCAUCUCGGGCGUGCCGCUGCUCGAACAGAGCGCAGAAAAGAAGCACAAGGACAACCCGCAGUGGAAAAAGUACAAGAACGAGGUGCCGUGCUUCGUGCCCUUCAUCGGCAGUAAGAACUAG